AGGUUAUCUUGAAACAACUACAUUUCAAGUGUUCACCUCUCCUGAUAAUACUGUUGUAAAAAACACUGUUUACAAAAUAAGAUUCAAAUUAAUAAAUAAAUAAAACUAAAAUGACGUAAAACAAGACAAGCUCAGAAGAAACAUUGUCAUUAUUUUAAUGACAAAGUUUAAUAACAAAAAAGUACUUCUGUCAUAACUCCCAUGCUGCAUUCAAAGAAAACUAAAAAUGUUAGUUGGUCACAUAAUCUGACAAAGGGCAGGUUGCCCUGAACAGAUCUGAAUGGUUUCUGUCUGCAUUUUGUUGCCAGGGCGAGGUGUUUCACAAUGAGGUAGAAACCACACACACAAACAGAACCACAAGUUACAACAAUGACUUGCUAGGUGUGAAGGCUAAACAAAACCUUUAGUUUCUCGGAAUAUUUAAAAUGAUUAAAAUACUCAAGGGUUUUGAUGCUCAGGCAGCAUCAAACUAUAUCAACCCUUAUGCUGUGGAUGUAAUCCGGGAAAAGAGAAGGGAUCUAGUUUAUGGGAUCUCCCAUACCGAGGAGCUCCUGGAUCUUCUUGUCACAGAGGGGGUCGUUACAGCAGCAAAGAGAUCCAUCGUCUUAACCAUGAGGACUCGCAAAGAUCAAAACUCCAGGGUGCUGGACAUCCUAGAGGCCAGAGGUGAAAGGGCAUGCCGGAAGUUCUUCCAUCCAUGUCUUAUGCUGGCAGAACCUGACCUCUAUCAACAAAUCAAGACCUAUUUGGGUGGUGUGAACAAACGUAUUCGAGACUCCAGGAGACAGCUGAUUGGAUAUUUGCUGGAGAGGGACCAGGAGGGGAUGGACAAAAUAAUUGACAGAGUGGUCACUCAGGGGACACAUACUUUAUUUGCCACCAACAAAACUAAGAAAUCUAUCCCUGAAAAGGAAGACAGAAGCAUUGUGCCAAAAUCAGAGAAGCAUAAACCAACGCAAAGUAAAGCAGAUAAUCUCAUCCACAUGAUUGCCACAGGUGGGGAGGUAAUACUGCUGGAGGAGCUGUUAGAGGACACUGAUAUCAACUCAGUCAACUCCUCCAGUGAGACUCUGUUACAUGUAGCUGCUGAGUACGGUCACCUGUCCAUCAUUGAGCUCUUGGUCCGUAAAGGAGCCAGACUGGACCUACAGGAUAAUAAAGGUCAUACAGCUCUACAUAGAGCCGCCAGCAGAGGUCACACAGAGAUAGUCAAGGCCCUCAUACAAGCCGGGGCCCCCAUCUACACUCUGGAUCUACAAGGCAAAACCUCUGUUCACCUGUCAUCAGAAAAUGACCACCUGAAUUCUGUGAAAGUCCUGGCGAAGGAGGAGGCCAAGCAGUCUGAGAGCCACACAAAGGACAUGUUUCUUCACAUGGCAGCCAUGGAAGAUAACUGGAGGCUAGCUGAGAUGCUGCUGCAAGGCGGGGCCGCUCCUGAUGCAAGAAACCACCAUAAAAAAACAGCUCUGUUUUAUGCAGUUUCCCGGAACAAUGAGAAAACAGUGACUGUCCUUCUAAACGCAGGGGCUAAAGUUGACUGUGAUGUUAUAAAUGAAGCCAUUAAGCUCAAUGAUGAAUCAAUUCUCCGCCUGCUGCUUGGUAAUGCCAGAGGAGCUCUGAGUGAAGAAGCACUGGGUCCUGCACUCUUCUCAGCUGUUAAACAGAACCACAGUGGAGUGGCGACCGUUCUCAUAGACAGCGGUGCAAAUGUGAACAUGUUAGACAAACAGGGGUACACUCCUCUCCUACUGUCAGCUGAGCUGGGGCACACUGACGUCUUCAGAGUGCUAGUAGUAAAACAGGCCAAACUGGAUGCUACUUUAUCCGACCUCUCCUCAGCGUUGCACCUGGCUGUCCACAGUGGCAGUGUGUCCAUAGUGCAGACAUUGCUGGAAAAGGGAAUAGACCCCAACAUUACUGGACCUAAAGCCCAAAUCCCUCUACACCUGGCAGCUCAGUACAAUAGGCCCGAAUUAGUGGAUCUGCUGUUAAGAGCUGGAGCACAGGUAAAUGCAGUAGCCCAGGAUGGGUUAACCCCACUGCAUAUAGCCAGUCAGCAGGGCCAUGCAGACACAGUGACCCAGCUUCUUCAAGGCAAAGCAGACCCAGGGGUCAAAGACAAGCUGGGGAGGACAGCCUUGCACUGGGCAGCCUCUUCCAAGGGAGAAAGCUGUGUGGUAGACUUACUGCUGUCGGCCAAAGCCAACCCAAACACCACUGAUAAUGAGAAAAAAGCUGCCCUCCACCUGGCUGCCAUGGAGGGGAAAGUGGAUGCUGUCACUUCACUGUUGUCCAACAAGGCAAAGGGAGGGGCUAAAGACAUGGAUGGCUCCACGCCUCUCCAUUACGCAGCUGCUGGUGGGCACACCAGCGUGGUUUCAGCACUUCUACAGUUACUCAACAACAAGGGGAUAGACGAGAGGAAUGCAUGGAGGAAAACGUCACUUCAUGCUGCAGCUGAGAAAGGCCACGAUGGUGUGACGGUGCUGCUGCUGGAGGCCGGGGCAAAGAUCAACAGCACAGAUCACAAUAAAGACACUCCUCUGCACUGUGCUGUGCGAGGCGGACACCAGGAGGUAGUGAGGAGGCUUGUAAACUGGGGCCAGGCUGGGCACAUGGGACGGCGGAAAAAAGUGAAUCUGCAAGCUACCAAUAAUGUGGGGAAAACACCACUGCAGGUGGCACAGAGUGGAGAUACACCAGAACAUGAGGACAUUGUAACUUUACUCAUGAGAAAGAUGUUUCUUAUCAAAUAAAGGGAGAAAAGUCAAGAGAGUAAAUAACAGGAACUAAUAUCACAUCUCAAACCUUGCAACAUAUGUGAAAGGUAAAAUAAAUAAAGGUAAAUAACAGAAACAAUUGCAUGAAAUACAUUAUUCUUGUUUGGACAUUAGCAUAGAGAGCAAUAUUUGGUGUUGAGGUCUUUUAUCUUUCGGGUAAUGAAGCAAGUAUGUAGUAAUGUCCAAAACUAUCCUAGUGUUCGUGAACAGUGAAGCAGAUAAAAGUUCGGAAACAGAUCUCAAUGAAAGGGUUGAAUGGAGAAAGAAGAUUUAUUUUUUUUGGGUCAGUAUCACACUGUCCUCUUCAUACAAAGUAGCCAUGAAUCUUAUAGCAAAAGAAAAACUCUGUAUACACAUGAUGGACCACUUCAAAAACUAGGGCAUAAAUUAAGAGAAUACCCACUUCUCCAGGCACCACUACACUGCUGCAUGAUGGCCACUUUCAGUCUAAAAGAUUAUAUUUAGUAUAUUCAUUUUAAGUUUAGUCUAUUAGUCAGUUGGUUGGUCCACACUGAAAUCUCUCAAUAACCGUUGGAUGGGUUACCGUGAAGUUAUGCACAGACAGUCAUGAUCUCCAGUUUAUGAAUUCUUAUGAUUUUGGUGAUACAACAGGGUCAACAAUGUCACUUCGUGUUGAGUACAUUUAAUUUUGUUUAUUUACACUUUGCAUAUAUUCACAUGUACAAUGUUGUGAUGUUCGGUGCUGUGUUUUCUGGCUUUGCUGUAGUUGCCAUGUGUCAUUGCCCAGUGGUUAAAAAAUAUGCUUAUAAAGAGAUCUUAUUCUUUAUUUCACAUACCCGUUAUCAGCAAAAAAUAAUGCAAUGUGCUGAUCAGGCAGAUCUGCUGGAGAUGUGUAUCUGCCGUUCCUAUGAUGUGUUUCUUCCUCUCUGAUUGUUGAUAAAAAGACCGAACAGAAAUCAACUGACACCAAAACCAAAACCACUGGCUACCCUGAGAAGACCACGUGGGACUUUUUUUGGCAUCUAGUUUUGUGUUUCUUCACGCAGGCAACAUUUGCAGUUCCUCUGAAUUAUUUUGCAUCCCCCUCAUUACUUUCCAUGUCUGUUAUGUUCUGAAUCAAUGUCUGGCAUCAGAAAAUGCUUCAUAUUAUAUAAAACAUGUUUUAAAGGAAUGCAAAAAACAUUACGCAGAAAGAAAUACCAUAUAAGUACCUCAGAAAGAUCAAAAACCAAAACGCCAUGAUUUUCCUAGACAUUGCUGUCAGAUUCCAUUGUAUUGACAUGAGAGGGUGUCAUGGAAAUACCUUUUCAGUGGUCAGUUAUCAAUAAAUUAAAUGAUUAGUUUUGGAUUUUAAUGAUGAAACUACAUAAAAAUAAAAUUAAUCAAUUUAGUUAGUGACAGUGAGCAAUUUGAUCAUCAUUUCUUAAACAUAUUUUACAAAUUUAAACUCAAAUUUGAUUAAUCACUUGAUUAACAUUGGUUUUAGGUAUGAGUGGUAACGGCUAUUUAAUAAUGUUAGAAAACACACACACACACACACACACAUUGUGAGAUCCCUCACUGACACUGACUCUUAAACCCACCCUGUAUAUAUGCAUUGCAUUAAUGCACUCCUGUUUUCUGUACAGUUUCUUAUCUUUAUUUAUUCACAUUUUAGAGGUACUAUUUUUUGUGUGUGAUUGUUGUGUGAUUUGUAUAUUUUUGUGUGAUUGUAUAUUUUAUGCUCCACUGCACCAAGACGAAUUCCUCGUAUGUGUAAAAACCUACCUGGCAAUAAAUCUGAUUCUGAUUCUGAUUCUGGUAAAGAUUUCAGACUUCAGCUAGUUUGUUUCAAGUCACAUAAAUAAAUAAAACCUCACUCCCACUCUUA